CUCGCACCAUGUUUGUUGUAGAACUACCAAAUUUUUACAACACGUAAUGAAAAACUUAUCUGUGCAACAACGUGUUUUUUUUUAAUAGUACUAUCCAAUCAUUUUUUAUAAGCAAAUAAAAAACAUAAAAAACGAAAUGUUUGAAGCAAAGAACAUUUAUUGUAUUUAUGUUAUCUAAAAUAUAGGCACGUUGUUGCAAAGAUAAUUUUCUACCCUAUAUGUUCAGUAAUUUUGGAGCCACUACUAACAAACACAGAAAGAUAAAAGUUGUCCCGCGCAAAACAGUUUUUGCUAUAUUGUACAUUUGUAAGACGGAGACGACACAUGCGGGUGUGACGUCCUCUUUAUACCUUCAAAAAUAAUACAAUGUAAGAUUAAUAAAUAUUAGUUUUACAUGAUUAUUAACUUAGUAUCCAUCAGACAUCAUAAUACGAAUUACACAACCGUUGGUACUAUAUACAUUAUGUACAGAGAAAUACCGAAGGCAGAAAGUAAAAUAGAACGUCCUCACAAUCCAAGAUGUAAUGCAAAUAUUUUUGAAAUCAUCACAUACCGAUGGUUGUCCGACCUAUUAAAAAUAGGACGGCACAGGGAUUUAAAUGAAACUGAUUUGUAUACGACAUUAGACGAUCACACAUCAUCAUCAUUAGGCGACAAAUUAAAAAAGACAUGGAGAUCGGAGUUGGCCAAUGCAUAUUUAGCGAAUCGGAAGCCGAUAUUGUUGAGAGCUUUGAUCCAAAUGUUUGGUGCUAAAUAUAUGUUUCUAGGAUUUUUAAUUUGUAUACUCGAAGUUAUUUUAAAGAUAUCUCAACCUAUAUUAAUUGGUGAACUAUUGGAAUAUUUCAAUCCCGAUUAUUCCAAAAACUCUGAUAUAAGAUAUGCAUACAUUUGCGCUUCCAGUUUAGUAAUCAGCUUAUUUAUAACAACAAACAUACACUAUUUAUUAGAUCAAGAAGUAUUUAACGAAGCGCUGAAGGUGCGAGUUGCAUGCUCGUCUCUAAUUUACAGGAAGGCAUUAUUUCUGAGUAAUAAAGCUCUUGACGAAACCACAGUUGGCCAAAUGAUAAAUUUGGUAUCGAAUGAUGUAAAUCAUUUCGACAUUACAUUAAAUAAAUUACAUUAUUUGUGGAUUGGACCCCUGCAAACAAUAGUGGUCACAUAUUUAUUGUGGCAGGAAAUUGGCAUGUCCUCGUUAGUUGGAAUAGCCACCUUUUUAUUUUUUAUUCCAUUACAAGGUUGGAUGGGGAAAAAAAUGUCUGAAACCCAUUACAAGACGGCGAAAAAUACCGAUGAGAGAAUACGUCUAAUGAAUGAAAUCAUUUUGGGAAUACAAGUGAUAAAAAUGUACACGUGGGAAAAACCUUUUAGUAAACUUAUAGAAUAUGUGCGAAAAAUGGAAGUUAAACAAAUUAAAGGAUCAACAUUUAUUAAAUUCAUUUCUACAUCGUUCAAAGUAUUUCAAAUAAGGUUUCAAUUAUUUGUCAGUAUUGUAUUGUAUAUCUCACUAGGAAAUCACAUAUCUGUGUGCAAAGUUUAUGUUCUUACAUCAUUGUACACUGUGUUGCAUUUCUCAAUGGCAGUACGGUUCUGUACUGGUUUGUUGCAAAUCGGUGAAUUGAUUGUAUCCAUUAAACGCAUCGAGGACUUCUUGUUACUUGGGGAAAAAGAUCAAAUAUCAAAAUGUUGUUCAAAAUCCACCACAUCAGUGGAAAAAGAUGUUAUUCAAUCACUUAUUGCGGAUGACAAUAUUACAAAAAACUGUAAGGAUUUUGAAAAUAACACUAAACUUGAUGAUUGUUUUAGUAUAGUUAUUUUAAAUGCUACUGCGAAAUGGGCAGACGAUCAAAAUAGUAACACAUUAGAAAAAAUUAACUUAACUGCAAGAACUGGCCGAUUGCUUGCGGUUGUUGGAUCAGUAGGAGCUGGAAAGAGUUCAUUAAUACACGCAAUUUUACGAGAAUUGCCCAUUUUUGAAGGCAGCAUUUCUGUGCAUGGUGUAGUGUCUUAUGCACCACAGGAGCCAUGGAUAUUUUCUGGGACUGUUCAACAGAAUAUUCUAUUUGGAUCACCUAUGGACAAAGAACGUUUUAAACAAGUUAUUCAUGUAUGUGCACUAAAAAGCGAUUUUGAACAAUUUCCACUUGGUGAUGAGACGAUAGUGGGAGAAAGAGGAAUAACCUUAAGUGGAGGACAAAGAGCUAGAAUUAAUUUAGCGAGAGCGGUGUACAAACAAGCAGAUAUUUACUUACUGGAUGAUCCACUUUCAGCGGUUGAUGUUAGAGUUGGCAAGCAUUUAUUUGAAAAAUGCAUUUUAGAUUACCUAAAAGCAAAAACAUGUAUUCUCAUUACACACCAAGCACAAUAUUUAUCUUACGUUGAUCAAAUUGUUCUAAUGGAUAAUGGUAAAAUAGUAACUGAAGGAUCGUAUAAAACUCUAAAAGCCUCCAGUUUUGACUUUACAAAUUUACUUGGAUCUUUAGAAAGUGCUAAUAUUGAAAAUGAAAUCGAAACUAACAAUAUGAACAACAAUAGUGCCGAUUUACGCUUGGUAUCAUCUCUGCGUGGAUCUAACAACAGCAUUAUAUCGUCUAAUUAUGAGAAUCACAUUAGUGAUGACAAAGCUUUAAAACCUAAUCAAAUAUCACCUCCCAAGUCAUAUGAAUAUAAUUUCAAAAACAUAAUCAUAUCAUACAUAUUGGCUGGUGGAAGCCCAAUUGACAUUCUGUUAAGUAUUUGUAUGUGCAUUUUUACUCAAGUACUAACUACCAGUGGAGAUUUUUGGCUUAGCAUUUGGGUAAAUCACGAAGUAUAUGAACAUCAAAAAUUAUUAAAUACAUCUUACAGCAAUAAUACAGCAACGCCUUGCGAUUCGAAUAGUGCAUCAUUGUUGUUACCUAAUUUCCAGCGAUAUUAUGUUAUGAUUUAUGUCAUAUUAAUGGUUCUCCUGAUAUUAUCACUUAUCAUCAGGUCCGCUAUAUUUGUCAAAAUAACUACGAAAGCUUCAAUAAAUUUACACAAACAAAUGUUCAAUUCCAUUAUAAGAACCACCAUGUUUUUUUUCAAUACCAAUUCUACAGGACAGAUAUUGAACCGCUUUUCUAAAGACAUGGAAUCGGUGGAUAAAACCUUACCAAAUAUUUUUUUUGAAUUCAUACAAAUUGUUUUUUUAAGUUUGGCAAGUGUAUUUAUUGUUGUAUUUACUAAUGUUUAUCUUUUGAUACCUACAUUUAUCGUCGGAAUUAUCAUCUACAAACUAAGAUAUUUACAUCUCAAUACAUCUCAAGGUAUUAUCAAGUUAGAAGGAGAAACACGAAGUCCUGUAUUAGCUCAUAUGAAUACAUCAAUACAAGGUUUAACAACAAUAAGAGCAUUUAAAGUAGAGAAUAUAUUAUCUCGUGAAUUUGAUAAACAUCAAGAUUUACAUACCUCUGCAUCAUAUUUGUGUACGUGUUUGAAUCGAGGAUUCGCUUUUUGGUUGGAUAUAAUCUGUAUUAUGUAUUUAAGUGUUGUAAUAUUCUGCUUUUUAGUAAUUGACAGAAAUAUCCAAGGAGGAUUUGUUGGUCUAGCUAUUACACAGGUGAUUACAUUGAUCAACAGGAUCCAAUGGGGAAUACAACUAUCAACAUCUUUAGAAAACCGAAUGAUAACUGUUGAAAGAAUAUUACAAUAUACACAUUUACCUAUCGAAGAUACCCUUCAAUGUACUACUGAUAAAACGAGACUAAAAGAGUGGCCUUCCUUGGGAAAAAUCGUGUUCAAAAAUUUUAGUUUACGUUACAGCCCAGAUUUACCAUAUGUAUUAAAAGAUCUAAAUAUUCAAAUUCAGACAAUGGAAAAAGUGGGUAUUGUUGGUAGGACCGGUGCAGGUAAAUCAUCCUUUAUCGGAGCAUUGUUUAGAUUAGCUCUAAAUGAAGGUAAAAUCAUCAUUGAUGAUGUAGAUAUACACGAAUUAGAACUGAAUGACCUCAGAUCUAAGUUGUCCAUUAUUCCUCAAGAACCAGUAUUGUUUUCUGGGACAAUGCGAACAAACUUAGAUCCAUUUGACGAAUACUCAGAUCAUGCUCUUUGGAAUGCACUAGAUGAAGUAGAACUCAAAGACUUUGUAGAGGAUUUGCCCGAUGGUCUAAACUCGAAAAUGUCCAUGAGUGGAUCCAAUUUCAGUGUUGGUCAAAGGCAAUUAGUUUGUUUGGCUAGAGCAAUAGUACAAAAACAUAAGAUCCUGAUAUUGGAUGAGGCCACCGCCAAUGUCGAUCCAAUGACUGAUAAGUUGAUUCAAAAUACAAUUAGAAAUAAAUUUAGGUUUUGCACAGUACUAACAAUUGCUCACCGUCUUAAUACUAUUAUGGACUCCGAUAAAGUACUAGUAAUGGAUUUUGGAAAAAUAAUUGAAUUUGACCAUCCGUAUAGUUUGUUGAAAAACACUGAUGGAUUUUUCUACAAAAUGGUAGAACAGACGGGAAAGGAUACUGCUUACUUUUUACAUAGUGUGGCAUCUGAGAGUUUUAAAAAAUUCAGUCCUCUAGUUGAUGCAGAAAUCUCCUAGCAAUUAAAUUAUUGAAGAAGUCGGAGUUGUUGUUUGUAAAUCGCAACUAUAUCGUUAUAGAUGGUGAUAUGAGUUUGUAGAAUACAAAUGUAUAAUAUCGUACUAUACAUGCUAUAUAGAAUUAUUUUAUACAAUAGUGAAAAAUGUGUAUUAAAAAAAAUAAUUUCACAAUUUUAAAAAAGUAAUAUUUUUAUACAAUUAUUAUAAAAAUGUUUAUUAAUUAUUUCUUUACUCGUUGUUCAAUGACUAUUACUUUUAAAUAAAU